AUGUCUGCUUCUGCUCUGCUGAAGAGCCGUGUCAGACGGCCUUCCUACCUCAAGAAGCUGGCUAGGGCUGAAGACCUCAUCGACCUCUUUCCCCAUGGCUCGUACAUCGGCUGGUCCGGAUUCACGGGUGUGGGAUACCCCAAGAAAGUUCCCACGGCAUUGGCCGACCACGUCGAGAAGAACAGCCUCCAGGGAAAGCUGCGCUACACCCUCUUCGUAGGCGCCUCGUCCGGUGCAGAGACCGAGAACCGCUGGGCUCGCCUGAACAUGAUCGAGCGUCGCAGUCCGCAUCAGGUCGGCAAGGAAAUCGCCAAGGGCAUCAACUCUGGUCAGAUGAAGUUCUUCGAUAAGCAUCUCAGCAUGUUCCCGUCUGACCUGGUCUACGGAUGGUACACCCUGAACAAACCCAACAACAAGCUGGAUGUUGCCGUGAUCGAGGCCUCUGCCAUCACCGAGGAUGGUGGUAUCAUUCCCGGCGCUUCCGUGGGUGCUUCUCCCGAACUCGUCCAGAUGGCCGACAAGAUCAUUAUCGAAGUCAACACUGCCAGCCCGUCCUUCGAGGGUCUGCACGACAUCACCAUGUCGGAGCUGCCGCCCCGUCGCAAGCCCUACCUCAUUCUGUCGCCCGAGGACCGCAUCGGCACUCCGCACAUCCCCGUCGACCCGGAGAAGGUCGUCGCCAUCGUGGAAUCCGACUACCCGGACCAGACCCAGCCUAAUGCCCCCGAGGAUGCCACCUCGCAGGCCAUUGCCACCAACCUGAUCGAGUUCCUCAAGCACGAGGUCAACCACGGCCGUCUGCCGCCCAACCUUCUCCCCAUUCAGUCCGGCAUCGGCAACAUCGCCAACGCCGUCAUUGGCGGCCUCAGCAAGGGCGGUGCCGACUUCACCAACCUCAAGGUCUGGACUGAGGUGCUGCAGGACUCCUUCCUGGAUCUCUUUGACAGCGGAAACCUCGACUUCGCCACGGCCACCUCCAUCCGUUUCUCCCCCGACGGCUUCAAGCGCUUCUACGACAACUGGGAACGCUACGCCGGCAAGCUCCUCCUCCGCUCCCAGCAGGUGUCCAACUCGCCGGAAAUCAUCCGUCGUCUCGGCUGCAUCGGCAUGAACACCCCUGUCGAGGUCGACAUUUACGCCCACGCCAACAGCACCUGCGUCAUGGGCUCCCGCAUGCUCAACGGUCUCGGUGGCUCCGCCGAUUUCCUCCGCAGCUCCAAGUACAGUAUCAUGCACACGCCCUCGUCGCGGCCCAGCAAGACCGAUCCCACCGGUGUCAGCUGCAUCGUCCCGUUCUGUACCCAUAUCGAUCAGACCGAGCAUGAUCUGGAUGUUGUUGUUACCGAGCAGGGUCUCGCCGACGUCCGCGGCCUGUCUCCCCGCGAGCGCGCCCGCGUCAUCAUCAAGCAGUGCGCCCACCCCGAGUACCAGCCCAUCCUGACGGACUACCUCGACCGCGCUGAGUAUGAGUGUCUGAAGAAGGGCAUGGGCCACGAGCCGCACCUGCUCUUCCAGGCGUUCAAGAUGCACCAGAACCUGCAGGAGAACGGUACCAUGAAGAUCAAGAGCUGGGAUUAG